GAAAAGAGCUCAAAAAGCAAUGCUGGGAUGGUUUCUUGUGCCGUUUGUUUUUUCUCAGAGCGCCAUUUGUUUCCGAGGCGGUGGCAUUGUCUGAACUAACAUCCAAAAUAUUUCUAAAGGAAUCAAUUUUGAGAAAAAAAAUGCCCUUUACCAUUUGAAAUUCAAAUAUUUUAACUAUAAAAAAAGGAUGUGACAUUACAUAUUGAAGGUCAACUACGAACCAUUCCAAAAAAAAUGCCGCAGACCUGAGAAGAACGGGUGCAAAAAACUCAGAAGGAAAUUUGGUUUUGCCUGGACUAAUUUCGAUUGCCUUUUAUGUUGCAGAACCGAACCACAGCAGAAUACGCGCCGAUAAAACACCAUUGGUUCUAUGGCGUGGAGAGCGAAGAAAAGUCUGUAUGGAAGGGGUUUUCAAUGCUCGAUUCGAAAGCCCUGGAGAACGCCUUCAAUAGCCCUGAUCUGAACGAGCACACAUUGGUACAGACAGACGGCGGGAGAUACGAUGUAAAUAUAAUGAAUAGGACGAGAGAUGCCGUUUACUGGAAGGAGAACACUUCAAGUGUGAGAAGAUGUUGCUGGUUCUACAAAGGCAACACGGAUGCCAGAUACAUUCCAUACACCGAGCACAUUGCAGAGAAGUUAGAGGAGGAGUACCGCCACGGCAUGACUACGGGGGAGUGGCACAGACGACUUAUACUCCCGAAUGACGAGAUGGUGGUGAUGCAUGGACCCUCAGUUAUGGUACACUUCCUGCAGACCUCCGUGGAUGCCUUUAGCUCUAGUCCACAAACGGCGAUGCGACCCCGCGUGGUGCGACGAGGAGUCGUGGAGUCUGAAUUGGAUGAACCCGAGCCACAGAACGUGGAUCAUCUGUUGCUGCUGUGUCAUGGUGUGGGCUCCACGUGCGAUAUGCGGUUCCGGUCUGUCGAAGCUGUGGUCGAGGACUUCAGGACGAUAAGCUUCCAGUUGGUAAAGUCGCACUACAAGAGCUCGUAUGAUAGCGGUCUGGUCGGAAGGGUUGAGGUCCUACCAAUAUCGUGGCACUUCAGCCUUCACAGCCAGGAGUCGGGCAUCGACAGGCGCCUGAACAACGUGACCCUCGAGAGCAUACCCAAGAUGAGGAACUUCUUCAAUGACACCAUCAUUGAUGUGCUGUUCUACACCAGCCCCAUGUUCUUCCAGAAUAUAAUCGACACAGUUUGCAGCGAGAUGAACAGAAUAUACAGUCUGUUCAAAGCACGAAACCCCAAUUUCAAAGGGGGCGUUUCCGUUGGCGGACAUUCCCUGGGCAGUGUUAUAUUAUAUGACCUGCUGUCACACCAGAUUCCUGAGGUGAGUGUGUCAUGUCCAAAGACGUACGUGAAGGGGAGUACGGCUAGCGAGCCCUGUAUAAUCUACCCCAAGCUGAACUUUCACCCUGACGCCUGCUACGCGUUGGGAAGCCCUUUGGCGAUAUUCGAGUGUAUUCGCGGCGUGGAAAUGCUUGGGCAAGAGUUUUGUCUGCCGACCUGCAAGAAUUUCUUCAAUAUCUUCCACCCCUACGAUCCUAUUGCGUAUCGGAUGGAACCAAUGAUCAACAUGGCCCUUAAAGAUGUCAAGCCCUUUCUGAUUCCUCAUCACAAGGGUCGGAAGCGAAUGCAUUUAGAGUUAAAGGAUACAAUGGCUCGCGUGGGUGCCGACAUCAAACAGAAGCUGGUGGAGUCUAUUAAGAGUACGUGGGACAGCAUGUGGAAGACUCCACCGCCGACCAAUGAUCAGCUGGAGCAGGUUGUUGAAGAAGAAAUGGAGAAGGAAGCGCUCAAAGAAGAAAGCAAACACGAUAUGGACCAAGAAAAAGAGGUAAGAAAUUAUAUUAUAACUCAAGAAAUGCUGGGUCGCCUGAACGAUGGGCGCCGCGUGGACUUUGUUCUCCAGGAGGCACCUUACGAGAUGAUCAACGAGUAUCUCUCAGCCGUGACCAGCCACGUGUGUUACUGGGAGUCUGAAGACACGAUGCUACUGAUCCUGCGGGAAGUAUACGACGCCCUCCACAUCCAGCCUGACAGCAGCGUGCCCCAACACUCCAUGACUGUUCAGAGGACCAGGAAUAUUGUAAGUACCCACCUUCAUUCUGCAGAAGAGGGCUAUUCGCGCUUAUAUAACCUAGGUCCUAAAGAAUAAUUGAGAUCAAAAUUUAAAGAAAUAAAUAUCUUAACUGUUUCCUCUCAAUAUAUUCUUGAUAAUGUUAAUCAUUGAUACUAGUGAAAUCCUUGUUCCUCAACGCUAACUUCACUUUGACAAUGACAGUCGGACAGAUCAUUUCGUUUCUUCGUCAUUGUCACUCAGUUUCUUGUUGUAUUCGUUAAGUUACCAACUUGUUAACUACCUACCCAAUUGAAUUCCAAAGAAAGUAAUUGUCUCUAGCAGUCUGUUUUACAGUUCAUGUAUGAGCUAAUGAGUACAUAUUAUUCUAAUCUGAGCAAAUAAAACUAUCUUUUAAUUUAGGUAUACUAUAUUAUAUUAUCUAAUUACGAAUUGUCUUAUAUUAUAAUGCAAAAAAAUGUCGUUACAGUAGUAGAUAGGUAGGUAUUUUUUAUCUAAAACAAAAAACAAGGUUGGUACCCAUCUAAUAUAAGUAUGUGACCUAUCCUUAGCACCUAGGUAUUUAAUAAACCUAGAAUAGAUGAGCUGUCAACAUAUAGUGCAAGACAUAACCUCAUUUUUAUAUCUUCGAUUACUCAGUUCCUAGAUUGACAAAUGUUGCUAAAUUUUCAUUUAUGGUGUUACUUUCUACACAAACAGUCUAUGUCUUAAUCCGGUGAAAUCAAAAUACAUAAUUUGUGGCACCAACAAACAGCUGAGCAGUUUAAAGUCUUCACAUGACAUUAUCUUGAUGGGUGAACCCAUUGAACGUACAUAUGUAGCACGUAAUCUUGGUCUUCUUCUCGACAGCAAACUGAGAUUCCAUGAUCACAUCACUAGCCUAGUCAGUAACUCUUUUUACAGGCUGAAAGUAUUAUAUAGGAUGAGACCUUAUCUG